GAGAUGGAGCGAGAGAGACAAGGAGAGAGGGAGAUGGAGCGAGAGAGACAUGGAGAGAGGGAGAGAAAGUCACUCAGUUCAGCUCGGACUCAGCUCCAGACCCACUCCUACCCCUAUCCCCAAGCCCAGAUCGAGGCCCCUCGUUCAGCCUUCCAACCGGUCAACACCCCUCUCCUCCAGGACAACCAGACUCCACAUCAGGGGUACCCACCAUGGGGCUACACACCAACAGAGGAGUAUCCUGCGCCAUCCCGGCCAUUACCACGGGAACAGACACAAAUCAACAGGAAGAUCAGUCUGACCGAGAGGGACUACCCGCAGUACAGACGUGAUUCCUGCACCAGGCCACCAGAUUGCGCUUUAACAGUUACACCAGACCAAUACCAGCACCACCCGGGUGGAGGUGGUUGGAGCGGCAGGCUGUCUGCCUUUAGUAUGGAUGACCACACAUCUUUAUCAUCAUCUUCAUCACAAAGAAGCAGGGCCAUGUUGGAGAACAAUCUAUGCUUUGACUCCACAUACUGCCGUGCUUCACCCUCAGAUGCUACAGCGACACCGCUUUCAGAGCUGGAGGAGGGAGGCGGGGUUGGUGGAGUGGGAGGAGCUCGGGGAGUGGUUACCAGGAAGAAAACCCCACCCCCUCCCAGGCCGCCUCCCCCCAAAUGGGAGGAGUUCCACCGAAGGAGAGCGUCCCACCACACCCUCUCCUCCUCCUCCACCACGUCUUCCGUCCAUCCGUCGGUAAACCCCACCUCCCCUCCUCUCCCUUUCACUCCACCAGAGGGUCCACCCUCUCACCCUUCUCACACCCCCUGUCCCACCGAAACGUCCAAAAUGACACGUCAGCGCUCCUACAGCGUCCCGCCUCAGAGGGAGGAGCUAGAGGGGUGCCAGCGCUGUAGCCUGAGCCAGCUCCAAGAACGCCCCUUUUCACAAGCCCCGCCCAGUCCUGGGUUCACACGCAGGACCUUCCGGCCGGUGGCUCCGCACCAUAGAGAGAGAGACACACCCACUCGCCAUAACGACUCACUGCCCCCUCUACCACCAUCAGACAACACUGCCAGGCUAUGCAACAUGGAUGAUCAAGAUCGCUCUGCUGUGUUGAAGCCCAUCUCUCAUAGACAGCAGAGGACCGGGGCUGAGUGGGAGAGAACUCCAUCUCCCAGGAUGCAUAGCGUCUCAGCCCUACCCACCAUAGAGAAUGGUGCUAUAUCUCCAGAGUCCUACUUCGCUAUGAGCUACAAGCAGCAGCAACAGAACAGUAGAAGAUUCCGGAAUCACCCCCACAACAACAACAACAACAACAAACCAGAAUUGGAACCAGAGUUGGAACAGGAAGUGGACAUCCCCAUGGAAACAGACAUUGAUGACUUCCAGGAGGAGGGGCUUCCUGAGAAUGAAGAGCCAAUCAGGACAGAGCUCCAGUGUUUUGCUCUGCCUGUCACGGUUCUGGAGACAGACAUCGAUACGCUGCCUGACCAGGAGGCCUCGCCAGCGGGUAGGAAGACGGCAGAGAGUGGGUCCCUGGAUGGGGAGAUGGAGGACCAGGGGAUGGGGACCAGAGAGGGACUCAUGGAGGAGCUAUUACCCCAGAGCGGUGAGGGCGAGGCGGGCACGGAGAGCUGUAGAGGGGCCUACCGUAGCUCAAACCUGGAGAACAACACCGACAGCCUGGACAGGUAGGUGGACUGUGUGUAUUUGGGGUUUAUGCAUUUGCUCAUUCAUGUCACAUACAUAUUGCUCUAAUAAAGGACUAUAUCUCUCAAAGACAAAACAAUGCAUUUGUCAGCAAAAGCAAAUAAACAUAGUUUAAUGUCUUUAUGGACUUAUAUUAACAUUUACAUUAUUACGUAACAUAUAUUUACAUGUCAUUUG